UGUUUGCAUAUUACGUCAUCGUAUCCUGCUUUCCAUCUGAUCGAUCGCAACUUAUUGAGUCCUCUCGUGCCUCGACGAUCAUUCCACGGUCCACUUUCCCCCCCUUUCCCCGCUGCAGAGCUUGCCUUUCUCAAUGUACAAUUCAUGAUCAUCUACUCUUGCUCCUGGUAGUUAAUCCACCCAAUGCCAUGAGCACCCCGGACCAGCCCAACGGGUCGGCGCCCACAGAUAGCUCUGCUGCCUUGCAAGAUGGGCACUAUCAGGGCUUGCAAGAAGGAUCCCAUACGGAGCAAAAGCUGCGUCAUGCCUCCGCCCAUCACCUAUACAUGACCAGUAGGCGCUUCUUCAUCGGGCCGAUUCCGGAGGGUUGGAUUAAUGGGCACCGAAAGUCAUGGUAUCGCUCACGACUACGAUUCAAGAAUUACACAUCGCAGACGCUCUCGUUUUCUGUUGACCCCGUGGCCUCUCAUUACACCCAACAUGAAUUCGACAAUGCGGAGAACUCUGCGCGUGAUUUGGACGAGGAGGUCGCCAUCACUUUGAGUAAUACGAAUGAUGAAUUUGUUCCAGGAGACGAAAGCGCGGCAGAUACGCAGGAAGCUGCCGAUGAACCAAGAGGGGAGCUACGUACCCUCUCCCAUUCCAUAGAAGAGACGGAGGCUAUUGAGCCGCUGUCUGAAGAUGAGAUAUCUUCUGAAGAGGACUCUGAUGCAACACCUCGAGCAAGUGCGUAUACGGCAGCCGAAAGAACCGACGAUAUAUAUGACAAUGGAGAGGCUUCUUCCUCAUUCGUGACAGCGAGGGAGGACCUGACAAGCUCUGUGGAUACCGUCCGGACGUCGUCAACUAUUCAGCCCAGGAGACCGACACCAAACCAGCGAUCCGUAUCACAACGAUCACAGCAUCUGACCAUUGCCGAGGACAGUAAUGCGAGUCCACUAGUCUCAAGUACAUCUGCAGUUGCAAGUGAAACUGGUUCCACCACGCCAUUGCUAAAAUCCAGACCCAAAAAUACCGAAAGGAUGAGGAGCAAAGCUUCAGGCAUGUCCCGAUUUACACUUGACCGACAGGAGCCACAAAACGAAGAUGACUCUGAGCCAGAAGAUUCAGGACGCAAUGGGCCAAUACAGCGAAAGAUCACCCAGAAGAUGGCAAAGUUUAACCUAGAUGACAAUGUCAUGCAUAAGCAACAGAGACUGCGCUCUCGAAUUGCCAGAACUCAGGGCACAAUUUCUGCAAAUCGUCCACGUCGGCGCCAAGUCCAAGAUGGUGAAAUCAUUAAAGCGGAGAGAAUGCUGGUUUCCGUCGAAGAGACCCUACAAGAUACGCUGCCAGAGGAUUAUACGGAGAACGACUCCCUGAAGAUGGAAACACGAACCGUGGACAAAUGGCGAGAAUAUCUAGUUGUCUGCCGGAAAGGUUCAACCACAGAUACCCCGUUUGCAUUGCAAAUGUACCGAACCCGUGUGAUUCCAGAUGCCCAAAGCGCGCAGAACAAAUCGAAACCCUACUAUGAAGUACGGCUUCACCACAAGAACACCAAGGUCAACCUCUAUUCCGCUCUUGACAAAACAAUUGUGAUUUGGCAUCCAUGCAGGCGCGGUACCAAAAUCUACAUCAUCCGUCCCAAAUCGACAGCCCACGCCGCGGAGUGGUAUACUCUCAUUAGGCAGGUGCUUGGCUGGCGGCGUCCAAGCAAGCUUCCCAUCAACGUCCCCGAUCUCGGUAUCUCGCUGGUGUUCAAAAACCCUUUCGAUCAUCUAGAGGCGCAGCUUGGCAUGAAUAGUAAUGAUAACCGGCACACGACCAUCUUGAAGCGGGCCGCAGCACAAGACAAAUAUGUAGCUUCAGCUAUUAUCAAGGGCUGUAUGGAGAUGCUCGAGGGUCGCCCCGAGUGGUCCGAAGUCCUCAAGGCUUGGUCAAAAACGGAGAAGAUGGGUCUCGCUUGGAAGCGAUAUGAUCGCCUUGAAUGGAUAUUUGGUGCGAACGAAGAGAACAUGUACGGCACAAUGGCGAUGCAGACGACGCACGAGCUUGAGCUUCGGCCGCGAUAUCAUUACCCCACGACCACCAAAAGCGCAGGCGCCAAAGAAGUGGAGCCUCCACCAGUCGAGGGUUUCUUGAUUCGACUUACCUCACAGAAGGGGCUGCACCAACGUAUGAACAAGAUGUUCUUCAAACGACUGUAUUUCUAUUCGCAGGAUCACUUCCUACUAUUUUGUCGACCGGCAAAAGCAUAUCCACCCACGCCUCCAAGAUUAGCUCCGAUGGAGGAGUCGAGUAUUCCAUCUGCUCGCCAGAUAAUGGACGAGAUGCCAAUCUCUUGGGACAUCGAGCCAUAUCCUGUACAGGAUGGUGAGAUUACAUGGCUGACCAAUGGAAACCGCGAAUUUGUCCAACGGCAUGACGAAGAGGCAUAUGCCCAACUACAGAGAAACGUGCACAACAUCGGACAGGCCGAUGGGUACAUUGACCUUUGUCAAGUGCGCGAGGUCCGUAAUAUGCAGCCCGGAAGUAGCCCCGCGGACGCGAACAUUUCAGAAGGACCUGCUGUGGACUUUCACACCGAACCAGAGGAUACCCGCCGAGACGAUGGUACAACCAAGGAGUUUGAACAUGAUCGGACAUUUGAACUAGCGCUUGAGAAUGAUCUCGUUAUUCGCCUCCAAGCAUAUGAUGCUGCUACGAGAGACGAAUGGGUCAAGCGAUUGGAUGCAUUGGUCAAAUACUGGAGGACACGCUGCUUCGAUGAUGCUGCCGAACUCCAAGCCAUGCGAUUGCGGAACUUGAAGCUCUUGGAAAUUGACGAAGAAAUGGAAUCGAUUAUGGGCCAGUUUGCACAGAAGUGGGAGGUCAAGAAGGCCGAGGCUUCUCCACAUUUACACAAUAUGUGUGCGUUGUCUGGCUGUCGACCGAUCAAGAUGUCUGGUCAACUCUAUCGCAAACCCCGUCGCCACUCCACCUUCACCAAAUGCCAUGUGAUUCUCACGUCAGGCAAACUCGUCAUCUUCCGGAGCACGCUUCGCCAGCGCAAUGGUGCUGAAAUCCCCCACAUUCACCAAGAUCACGAUGCUACCAUCGACCUCAGCGACUGCUACAUCUACUCCGGUCUAGCUACCGAGGCUGAUCUGCUAUAUGCCAACCAGACAUUCGACAGCAAUAAUCCAGGCUUGCGUGCCCUCCCACGAGUCUAUCUUGCGUCAGAUACAUUCACUAGCCGUGAUGAAGAUUCGGCUAUCACCUUUGUGAUUUGGCAACCUCUGCGAAAAAGCUACUUCCGCGCGGAAGAGAGAGGUGCAGAAGGUAAAGCCACUCGAACUUUGCGACAUGUGUCGGCCCUUGGCAAACAUGGUCGUACGAUCGUUUUCAAGGCUCGUAGCCGGGUCGAGAAAGACCGCUGGGUGCUGAGCAUCUCAUCAGAAAUUGACCGUUUGCAACAAGAAAAGCAGGAGGAUAUCCGCAUUGUGUCUUUAUAAUACCCAUUGUCUUUUUUUGCCUCGUCCCGCAUCUUCUUCCUUGCUUCCCCCCGAGCACGCACACGCAUCUAGCAUUUCGGGAGCUGGUUGGUUUCUGUUUGAGCAUAAUUCAUUCUUUCUUCUAUACAUAGUACACGCAACGGAUGAAUAUUAAUAGUACAGUGAUAUCUCAGAAGAGAACUCUAUAUAUACAAUGUAGACAGCGUCCUGAUGCCAUCCCACAUGGAAAUGCUCACCCCAGACUCGCACUCACUCAUGCCCUCAUGGUUACGAGUUUCAAUAAUCUGGUGGCCUCUCCAACUUGACAGCUUCCUUUACUACGCGGUCGCGAACAUCCUGCCGAUAAUUAGGUCCCAACGGACUAUCCGAACCAGCCUCAUUUGAGUGGCCAGACUCCCACUGUGUCCAAUCCAACCAGCGCAUACGUGGAGACAGCACACCAAUGACUCGACCGGUAAUCAGACUUAUACUGACGGGGCCAUAUGUAUUGCUGUCGAGGGUCCUGCCCGCAUCCGCAUCGCCUUCCAACCAGACAUGAUUCCACGGUAUGAUCUGAGUAGCUUUCAAGCACGGUUCACGAGUGGUAAUGCGAUCACCGGGGAGACCAACGACACGUUUGAUAGCAAUAUGGGAGGAGUUGGCAGGUGACCUAAACAAAGACCGAGGUAUAACGUUAGUUUUCGAGGUGCAACUUCAACGCGACCGUGGCUGGAUAGUCAUGCGAGCAAUCCGUCAAAGGCACCAAAAGGCUAUAUCCAUACCGGAAUGUGACAAUCAUCCCCCUCUCUAACCUCUUAUCGUUCUUCCACGGUAGUAUCCGAUGCAGCGACCACAUGUUGACCAAUACCAUAUCGCUCUUCGUUUGCAUCUGGUCGUAGUCCUCGUUGAGAUACGGCGUCAUCGACGGGCCCUUGACCCACAUUAUUUGCGCGACAUGCUCCGAGAAGAAAAGACAGAUAGGAAUGACUGGAACUAAAAAGCGAGCGCCACGGCCCAUAAGUCGAAUUGGCCGCGGGAGAGCUGCACAGCGCUGUGUGUAGCGUUGCCGGAGGUUGGAGAAGAAGGUGUGGAGCGGCCUUUUGCGGGUUAGGCUGGGUCUUCCUGGUUCUGGAAUUGGUGAUGGCUCUGGUUGAGGGAGAGAAGUAGGCGCUGAUGCUGUUUUAGGAGGAAGGCGCCCUGUUUGAGCGAGGACUUUUGCAUCUUUGGGGUUGAGGGCGCGCAUCGUUGAGCUUUGGGGUUUGCGGUCGGGUGGUGGCAUGUUUGCGGGGGGAUGUAUGGGCCGGAGGUGCGCGUAGGGGAGGACAAUGGCGGUUGGAAUUUGAGCAACUGCAGCUAGGAACGCAUGUCGGUUGUUGGUGGCCUAUGUGCGAGUAGAU